GCUGGUUCGAGAAAUUUAAGAUGAGAGGUGAAAUACAGUGUAAUUAGGCAUGGAGAGGUGGUGCGUUCAAACAAGGAAUCAACUGAGAAACUUGUGAUCUCUUGCAUUGCAUUAAUCUUAUUGAUAAUGCAUAGAACCAAGAGAGUAACAGAACUAUGAAUUCAGCAUGGAGGAAACUUUCGCCAGACUGUGUACCAGAACGAAACUUUGAGGGGUUUGAGACAGCUACAAGUGCUGCUGCUGUCGAGGAAAUUGCUAUGGUUGAUGAUAUCUCUAUGGGAAAAACUAUGGGCUUGAAUGUCGACAGUGAAGAUAUUGGAGUGUUGGUGGAAGACCACCGUGCUGAGCUUACCACUGAAGAGCUCAUACACCUUCAAAAUGAACAGCAAAAGACUUUGGCUGAGGAAAUGACUUCUGGAGAAGAGGAAAGAAAGGAAGAUGUUCCAAGUUAUUUAAUUAAAGCAAUUUGUGCUAAAUGGGGCGAUGUGCAAAAUUUUGUGGAAAAAUAUGACCUUGAUACAGUGGUAGCAAAUCGAGCAGUAAAUUUUUCAAUGACAAUGUCAUGUCUCAUUUUAGAAAAUUUUUACAACGCAGGCAAAAAACAACUAACAUUGGACAGGUUUUUACUGGGAAGAAAGAAAAGAAACCCCAGAGAAAGAUUUACCUGAGCCUAAGAGACAGAGAAGGGAAGAAAUCCCCAAAAAUCAGUUACCAGGAGUUUUUAUGGAAGGGGACUCCCCUUCUAAGAAAUAACACACUCAAACAAUUCGGUUUUAGAACAGACUUUCAGAACAAAUGGUCGAGAACCGAGGUUGCUCUGUAUAAAGUUGUAUGGAAAGUUCUGAGCGCUUUUUACUAUGCAAAAAGGGAUAUAAAUAAUUGACCAUUCAAUAAAUUUUAUUCAAUGACAUAAUUUACAUUAUUAUUAAUGAUCUUUGCCCAUCUGUCAGACAAUUUAAAUAUUAAAUCAGUAUAAAAUUUAACUGGUUUUGAAGAAAAAGAAUGUUAUCUAGAUGCAUUUUAACUCCAUCUAAAUCUUUAAAUGCUUUUCCUUGCAAUGAGUUCUGUAGAGACAAAAACAAGUAGUUGUAGUUGGAUGGCGCAAUGUCAGGAGAAUAUGGUGGAUGGGGCAAGAGAAUCCAGCCAAGUUCAUGUUGGCAGUCUUCGGCCUCAAUUCUUUGAUUUUUUGGUUCAAAUUAGCCCAUCCGACGAAGUAAUGGUCUGGUUUUGUGGCAGAAGCUCAUAAUAAAUAAUGCCUUUAUG